AUGGCCGACCAAGAAGCCCGCUUCCUGGAGAACUUCGCCGCCGCUCCGACAUACCCGGACACCCUGCUCUGCCAAUACGAGGAAGCGGCGGUGGUCAGAGAACGGCGCGACCACUACGCCGAGAAGAAGGCCCGGUUGUUCGAUGCGUUUCUCGGAAGGCGGGAGCCACUGGUGAUUCUCGACUUCGGAGCGGGACCCGGCCCUGAACGCGAUUCUGGUGAGGCUGCCGAGAACUGGGCUGCUGGUGAUGGUGUUGGAUGCAUGGGCUCACAUAUCAUGUUCUAG